ACAACCCUCAAGUGUCAACCAUCUGUAGUUCUCCUACCAUAGUGUUGCUAGAAUUUUUGCACAAUUGAUGCAAUCAACAAACUACCCAAAUCCAUUAAAUUUUUAAGCGCCUGAAGAUAGAAAAUGGGUGUUCUUCCACUUAUUUCUCUCUCGCUUCCCUUACAAACUCAUCUUCAUUCACCUUCCGCAAAAACCCAACUCCAAAAUCCAGUCUUUUGGCCUAAAUUAUCUUCUUCUAUCUAUAAAUCUGUCAACUUUAGCAGUAAAACUGCAAAAUUAAGAAGCAAAUCCAAUGACCCAGCUGAUAUUGACCCUAUGUUCUUGGACAAAAACGGUGUUGUUGAUGAUAUGGAAACUUACCUCAAUUCUCUCUCCCUUGAAUAUGAUUCUGUUUGGGACACUAAACCUUCUUGGUGUCAGCCAUGGACAAUAUCCCUGACUGGUGUAUCAGUGAUUGCAGGCAGCUGGCUGGUUUUGCACUCCAUUGUCAUUACUGCUUUAGUUUCCUCUCUAAUCUGUGCAUGGUGGUACAUCUUCCUGUAUUCUUAUCCUAAGACUUAUUCAGAUAUGAUUUCUGAGCGAAGAGAAAGAGUGAAAAGCGGCUCCGAGGACACAUAUGGAUGGUCAAAGAAGCAAUGAUUUACUAUAGGCACCAGAUGGGCACUUUUAGACUCCUUGUUUCCUAUCAGAGGGCAGGAGUUCGAGUGGCUGAUGAUAUGAUACAUGGAUAGAAAAAACCUGCUGCAAGUCUUUCACAAUGACAAUUAGCAUAAUGGGAACAAUGAAUCAGUGUUGUUCCUUGAGUACAGAAACUUUGCAAAUGUAAUUUGAGAAAGGUUUAAUCUUUGUCUGAGUGCUUACACUAGUUCAUGGAGUAAAAUUUAUAACUACUCAAUUCCCCAACCUUUACACUAGUGCUGUACAGUAGAGUUAAGCUACUAUUCAACUGAUUUACUCAGACAAGUUCUUUUGUGACACCCUUGUAUUUAUUAUUGAUAGUCACAGAUAAUUUAUUCUA